AUGAGAGAAAAGAAAAAUAGCGAAAGAAUAUCGCCUUGGAAUCAAUAAUAACAGGUAAAAGUAAAGAGACUUAUGUUCUUAGAUUAAAUCAAAAUUGCUGCUCCCAUCAUGAUUCCAGGUGAGAAGUAUUCUGCAAGAAGAUCAUCAAGGGAUAAGAAUUUCUUUUAAACAGAGUAUGCAGAUUUAUAAGAAAUAUCUGGUCCGGUAAAAAGAGCCUAGAAAAUUACUUUAAAUGGCAAUCAAUCACUAUUUAAGGAUAAUCAAUAAAAUCAAAGAGUUAGACCUAUGACUGCUCAAGGAUAAGCAAUAGUAAAGAGAUCACUUUCAUCUUAACCAAAAUAGUCUAAAAUUAUACAAGAAUUAAACUCAGAAAGAAGUUGCUUUAGCUAACAGCGACUAUAAAAAAUGGACAACAAGUUUGAUAAAUUAACUUCAAAAGUUAAUGCAUAGUUUUAAGAUUUUAGAAUCAGACUGUCAAGAGAAAAUUCUACAAUUCAAGAAUCAUAUAGAAGUUCUAAAGAUUUGGUUAUUUCCACUAACAAAUCUUCUUAGGGAAUUAAAGGUUCAAUUGAAAAUAUUUAAGAAAAAAGAUUAAGAAAACUAGAUGAACUAUUGGGGUAAAACUAUUAGAAAUAAUUGGAUUUCGCUGAAUUUCUAAAACUAUUGAGUGUAGCUCCAUCAAAAAUUAGUCCAGACAAAGAAUUUGAAGAUCUAAAUUAGCAUCUGCAGAGCAUUAGUUUCUAGGAGACAUAUUUAUUGGAUCAGCGAUUGAUAAUCACCCAUAAGAUAGUACUAGAAAAUGGACUGUUUAUUAAGUAAAAACUUAACUAGCCAGUUAAAGCUCUCUCAUUAAUAAAAAAGCUAGUAGAUAACUAUAGAAAAAGGGUUUCAAUCACUGAGGACUAAAACUAGUUUAUUAUAAAGAGCCAACUUUACAAGAGAGGGAAUAAAUAUCCUGUUGGUUAUAAUAAAGACAAAGAGCUUGCAAUAUAUUAGAAGUCUAAGAUUCAAAGAGUACUAAUUCAAAGGUUUGAAGAGAUUAAGAAUUAUUUUAUGUUCAAUGAAACAAAAGGGUUCAGUAUUCAUGAGGCCACAGAUUAUGCAGCUCUAGAUGGCUAAAAUAAAUAAAAACUGUUGAUAUAUUAAUAUAGAAAUAACGACAAAGAUUAAAUUGUUGAGCAAGUCAAAGUUUCGAAUUCUAUUUUUGAUCUUAACUUCUUCAAUGAAUAAGGUAAGAAUAUUAUAAAUUAGUAUUAUGAUAGAAACAUCCAUUGA